AUAGGAGUUUGAUAAGUAAAAAAAGUGAAAAGUUGAAAGUUAGAAUAAACUUAAGAAUAAUAAUAACUAUAAUAAUAAAAAAUGGAUUUUAACUCAUUGCUGCAACAAGCACAGCGCUUAACGAACGAGACUCAGAACUCCGAGGAGUUACCGCGUGUUGAACGAACGAUUUCGCAAGUUUUACAAGCAACGCAGGAACUACACUCACGUGUCACUCAAACCGGCGCCCAGGAUAUACAGGCGCACAUUUUACUCGGAUCAAAGGGUAUUGAUCUGCCAAAAAUUUCGCAGAAGUUAGAGGCAUUAAAUGCACGCAAAACUUUUGAACCCCUCGAUCCCAUUGCCGAUACUGAUGUGCGUAGUUUUUUGAAAAACGAAAAAGAAAACGCUAUAUUGUCCAUGAUUGAAGAAGUAAAUAGAAGUACAUUUGAGGCAGCAGAAAAACGUCGGUGGGAGUGUGUGCGUAAUGAAUGGCAGCAGGAGAAAGUGAAUCUACUAAAUUCUUUAGUCGGACCAUCACAGAACUGGAUCGACAUUCAAAAAUUACCGGAACAGACAGUUCUCAAUGAAACUUUUGGAUCGCGCUCAUGUCUUAAUCGAAUUGAAAUGGCCUACGCGCGCGAGGUAUACGAGUACAACACGAGCGUCAUUAAAGGAGCAUUUCGAGCUAAUCUCGUGCAAAAAUUCGCAAAGGCAGCAGAAAGUUUCGAAGAUCAAAAAGUGAACGAAAUUUGGGAAAUAAUGAAAUAUAUGGUCAAUAUUGCACCAGUUUCUCGAAAUCGCGAUCCGAUACAAAAUCGUACUCAAGUAACACAGUUCAUAGAUCAAGCAAAAAAAUACUUGGAGAAUAGAUAUAAAUUAUACAUGUCAACAAUCAUUAGCAGCAAUUUACGAGAAGCACAGCGUGGUGGCGUACCUAGCACUUUCAAUUUAGUUUCUUCAUUUGUGGGUUUGACUUUCAACCAAGCAAAUUGCUUUGGUUUGCAAGAUGCCAGCAUAGAUAACAAACCUCUCUGGCCAAUGGUAUAUUAUUGCUUGCGUUGUGGUGAUGUACAAUCAGCGCUGCGUUGUAUGCAAAUGGGCGGCGCGGGUCAUGAGGAUUUCAUACAAGUACUCGAAGACAAAAUAAACAAACCAGAACAAAAGAUUAACUCCAAAUUGGAGGGUCAAUUAAGGCUACAUUAUUGCAACAAAAUUAAAAAUUCGACAGAUCCGUAUAAAAAGGCGGUCUACUGUAUAAUUGCCGGAUGCGAUAUAAAUGAGCAACACUUGGUAGUUGCAAAAACGACUGACGACUUUCUUUGGAUUCAACUCUCUUUACUGCGUCCCGAGUCCAAUGACAAUACCGAAGUGCUAACGUAUUCUGGCCUGCAGACUAUGAUACUCGAAAAGUAUGGAGAGAAGCAUUUCAAUGCCACUGAACAACGUCAUCUUUACUUCCAAGUACUCGCAUUGACGGGGCAAUUUGAGGCAGCUAUUGAAUUUCUGGCGCGCACUGAACAAUAUCGUACGCAUGCAGUGCAUAUUGCUUUAGCUUUGAACGAGAUGUUCCUCAUUGGAGGGCCACGUAAUGUGCAAGAGCCAUUGUUAUCUGUGGACAUUGAAGACCCAAUGCCAAUGCGGCGUUUGAAUAUCGCCCGUCUAGUAAUGCUGUAUGUAAAGAAAUUCGAAAUCACAGAUCCCGCUGAAGCUCUGCAGUAUUAUUUCUUCCUACGAAAUCUGAAAGAUCCGGAGGGCCGUAAUCUGUUUUUGGUUUGUGUUAGUGAUUUAGCCAUCGAAUGUCGCAAUUAUGAUUUGAUAUUUGGUAAAAUGCAACCAAACGGUAUUAUGUCCGGUGGUCUCUUUGAGCAAUUCGACUGUGUUGAGUUCGACACCCGAACUGCUGCCGGCAUGGCUGCUGAAGAGCUGGUGAACAAAGGGAUGUUCGAGGAUGCUAUCAAAUUGUUCGACAUUGCCUGCAUGCAAAACCAGUCCCUACGCUACCUUGCUAUUCUUCUUUCUCAAGUCGUACAUCAAAGUUCGAAAAAAGACUCCCUGCGGGAACGUUUGACAAUUAUGGCAGCCGACUUCAGAGAACGCAUGCGCGGUAAUCGCAUUGAGUGCGAAGCGCAAGUCAUAUCCACCUUUAAUUUACUAUGUGAACUAGUUUCGUUUUUCGAUUAUUAUCACGAGCAGAAGCAUCAAUUGGCAUUGGAAGUGCUCGCCAACACCAAGCUCGUGCCGUUGUCAAUGAGCGAACUGGAAGAAUGCUUAAACAACUUCAAGCGUUUGGGUGGUGAAAUUUGCAAAGUGUAUCCAGAUAUAUUGUUGGCAGCAAUGGACAUACUAUACGCUCAGUAUAAAAGCGUUAAAGGACGUGACACUGGCAUUGUUGAUACGGGGCGUGAUCGUCAACUACAGCAUCUGCGAGAGAAGGCGAAAGCUAUUACCAAUAUGGCUGCCACAGUACCUUAUCGCAUGCCUGGUGACACAAACAAAAGGCUUGUCCAAACGGAAAUUUUAAUGCACUAAAUUUACAAAGUACGCUGUAGGUGUUCAAACUAAAUGUAAUUUAUGUAAAAUAAGGAAUAAAAAUUAACUAGAUUUUGAUUUAUAUAUUUAAAUGCAA